UAGGGCUGUAAGAAGCCCCCAGGGUUGGGGCAAGGGGGUGCUGCUCGCAAGCCCACCUUGGGGCAGGCUGCUGAGCCCAGCUCCCUCCAUGCAGGCGCUGUCCACCAUGACCAGCCUGGAAGAGGGCGCCUGGGCCCCCAUUCACCACGCCGCGGUGCGCAACCACGCGGCCACCGUGGCCCGGCUUCUGGACACCGCGGGGCUGGAAGCGCCGACUGGGGAUGGGCUGAGAAACACCCCGCUCCUGCUGGCUGCCGCUAGCGCCAGCUACCAAGUGGCGGAGCUGCUGGUGGGACGAGGGGCGGACGUGGCAGCCCUGAACGCCCAGCAGCACGGCGUGGCAGAGCUGUGCGCCUUGCACGGGCACUGGGCUCUGCUCAGGUAUUUCCUGGCGCUCGGGGACCCCCGGGUCAAUGUGUGCGCCAGGCUGAUCGCUCUGCUCCAGUCGGACGUGGACAGGGAAGCGCUGAGUGCAGGCCUGGCCCUGGCACACCUCAUGGACGCGGCAUCCGGGGCAGCGCCAUGUCCAGCUCCCCGCUUGCUGGAGCAGGGGCUGGUUCCUGCGGUGCUUGGCGUGCUUGGGAAAGACACCAGCCACGCUGUGAAGGAACAGGCCCUGCACCUGCUAAACAGCCUCCUGAGAGGCAGAGGUGGGAAGGAAGAGGUGGCCAAGCACGGAGGCAUCCAGGUUCUCGUCUCCCUACUCAGCGAGGGGGCGGAAGGGCUUCUGGGUGGGGUGGUGGGUGCCAUUUGUGAAAUAGCUUGUGAAAAGGGCUUUGCUGAGGAACUUCACUCAGCCGGCGCCAUCCCAGCAUUUCAGAGGGUGCUCAGCGCAGCUCAGAGAGGCAGCAGUAGCUGCCUGGGCAUGGGGAGUGGAGAGCCCCUUGCUGCAGGUAGUCUGAGGAGCCUGGCCUUGAUGGCUGAAGCCUGCAAAAGCUGUAAAGAUGAUAUGGGAAAGCAGCACGGCUUCCUGUCAGGACUGGUGCAACUGGCUAAGGAAUGCCGCUCCCCAAGCCUGAUGAUUGUAUGGAGCGAAGUUGUGGAAAGUGUGACGGCAAACCAUCCAAACAACCAGGCUGCUUUCCUCGCAGUAGAUGGAGCCGUUCCUUUGAUACACAUGAUGAAGUCAAAGGCCAGAGAUGUCCAGCUGCAGGCAAUAAAAGCUCUUCACAGGUAACAUGUAUGGCAGGUAACACGUAUGGCUGCUUUUGGCAUCCAGAUGCUGGGCCAGACUGACCUCAACUCAAUCCACUGCAACUUCCAUGUUACUUUUUUUCCCUAUUCCUAUUUAUCAAUCAAAUCUCUCUCCCUUUGCGGAUGUCAGCCAGAACUGUCCCUGGAAAUGAUUUGUGCCAACUGGAAAUGGUUCUACACAAAACUGUACUACACAAGUUUGUUUUGCUCUAUUUGGGUUUCUAGGUGUUUCAAAAUGCAAAUCUGUGUUGAACAAAAACAAAAAUUACUUAAAUAGCAAUUAGGGAUUGUUUUUUCUUAUAAUAGGUGUUUAGGGAAAAUGUAGUAUGUCCAUUAACGUGCAGACAGGCAUUGUAGACUAUAUGGGGAAGGCAGUUCAUAGAUCAGCGGUUCCCAAACUGUGAGUUGCGACCCCAAAUGGGGUCACAACUUCAGGCAGUGGGGUUGCAAUAAACAUGCCCCCUGAGAUUCCUGCUCCCACAGCAGGGUGUGGGGCUGUAGCCAGGCUGGACCAGCUCCAGGAAGGAGCCAACUCUGCAGCCCAGUGUGUGGGACCCGUUGUGGGAGCGCUGCACCACCAUGGCCGUCAAGGUGAGGCAUGGCAGUGGUGGUGCCAUGGAGUUGUGUCCACGCUGCUGCCAGGUGAGUGGGGGGUGCCUCAGCUUGGCAGCCAUGGUGGCUCAGCACAGCACAGCACAGCACUCCCUCCCGCCCCAGGUCCUGCCCUCUGGGCCAUGGAGCCCCUGAGGAAGAGUUUGGGAAGCACUGUCAUAGAUCCAAGAGAACAUCCAGCACCUUAGCCUGACCUGUCACAUCCUGGUAAAAUAGGAAAGAAAUCUGAAUCAGACCCUUUGUGUUUCUGCCAUUUGAUUUUUUUUUUCAAAAGUUAAUGGUUGCUCCAUUGGAAAAUCACAAGAAAGGAGACAGCUUCUAUGAGCAGAAUGACACAGUCCCAGAGGUAGCAUCACCCUGUCCUAUUUGUGUGAUUAAGUGAUCCUCAGAACCAAAGGUCCAUGGGAUGUGUGUGGCAUGGCUAGGAACACACGUAACCUGAAGAUGGAUAGAAACCCAAAAGGUUAAAAGUGUAACUCAGAUCUCAACACAGCUCCAGGAAUGCUGUUUUUCUCCGUAUGCGGUGAUGAAUGUAUUGAUCUCUCCAGCUAGGUUCCAAGGGUUUAUAACACUAACUAAGCAAAUGCUGCAUGAUUUGAAGGGAACUUGGCUCAAUUAGGGGAACUACUGGAACAUGGGCAGUUGUGGCUUGAUUCCACAGGGUCACAACCAGGGGGCCAGGAGCAGACAAGGGCAAGGAAGCAGGGGUACCAAUUAGAGUCAGGAGUCAAGGGAUCUGGAGCAGAUGGAUGAGGAGGUCAGUGUCUGUAAGGGACUGAGAUGUAGGCAGUCAUUUGGGGUCAAACUACAGGCCAAGGAGCAGAGAUCCAGACCAAAACCGGGGGUCUGUACAGGAUUGGCAUGUGGGCAGUUGCCAAAGUAAAGCCAGGAGUCAGAUGUUGUAAGAUAUGGGACUAGGCUGCCAUUAGGAACAGGGGUGGGGGUGGAUUCAGGAACUGGCAAGGCUGGGACAAAGGGGUCAGCAGACUGCAUGAUGUAUAUCCUGUCUAGCCUGGCAUUUAUGUUUGAUUUCCCUCCACCUUAACAAAUGUAAAUGUAGCGGUGUUGUCAGGGUGUUGGACAUGCCAGACAUCCAGGUCUUUGAACCCAUGGACAGAAAUCACAGACUAGGAACCCACAAACAGGAACAAGAACAAAGCCAGGAAGCAGGGUCUUUGGAACAGGAAAGUAGGAACCAACAGGCUAGUUGAAGGAAACCCUGAUGCCCAAAAGAAUGUUUUGGAAUUAGGGAGCACGUUACCUCUCAUUCAACUACUGCAAAAAAGUCAGAGUCCACAUGUACAAGAAGUUGUGGCCGAUGCUUUAUGGGCCUUAGCUGGAGCUGAAACAGAAUGUCAGAGGACAGUGGCUGAAGGCAUGGGAGUAAACAUGCUGGUUGGUUUUUUGCGCUCUGUAUCAUGGAAGCUCCACCAAGUUGGAAUAGAAGGACUCGGAGUACUUUUGCAAGGUCCUAGCGACGUGAGAAAUGCCGUUUUCUCAGCAAACGGAGUGAACCAUCUCGUAAGGAUGCUGUGUUCCGAGAGAGAAAAUAUUGUGCUCAGCACAAUCCGUGUUCUUCGCCACGUGUGUCUUGGUAUUGGCUACAUUCCACACUACAAGAACCAAAUAGCCAUUGCUAAUUCCAGGGGUCUCAAGUUUUUGCUAGCAUUGAUGAUACAUUCUCCGUCUGAAGCAAUCCAGGCAGAGGCAGCCUACACCCUGAGUGCUGUGGUCCUAGGCAACAGUGAAAACUUGGAGAUACUUUCCCAGAGUUCAGCCUUCCAGUACAGGUACAUCCUUCCCCUGCUAUAUUCAUCUGAGGAAGAGAUUCGCCUUCUGACGGCCGGGGCCUUAGCAACAUUUGCUUUCAAUAACGUCAGUGAGCAGCGAGCAAUCAUUCGAGCAGGGGGAGUUAGAUGGCAUCACUUUCAACCAUUCCUGCAGUCCAGCAAAGAGAUUCACAGAAUACAGGCUGCUUUCCAGUCCAUUGUUCUGUCUCGAAUCAUUCCAGAUAAUGAGCCAGCUAAUAUCACUGCCAUAGGGAUCAGAACCAUUGUGGAUACACUGGAACGUUCCCAAGCACACCACACACUGGCUUUGGCUGCUGAUUGUGUGGCCCGUUUAGCACACACCCGCGCAGGAAUCACUGCUGCUCUGGUUUCCAUAGAUGCAGUUGGCGUAUUAUUCCAACUCCUCUCCAGCUCAGUAGUCCUGGUCCAGAGUUGUGCUGCUGUCGCACUUGGGUAUUUGAGCUUCAAUCAUGUAGCAGAGAGACAGCUACUGAGAAGGUGCAGGAAGAAACCUCAUCUUGUUGGGAACCUGCUUCUCUAUACCAGAAAACACAAGAUAUCCCCAAUGUUUUUGGCAAGAUGGAAGCACUCCCAAGAACUGAGGCUGCCCGCUAUUCGGAACAAACCUGCCCUUGUAUCGUCCAUGCAUAUGAAGUUUUCAGAAGUCCACCCCCUUCCUGGUUUCCAGUUUCCCAUUUUGAAUUCUGAAGACUUCUUAACCAGAAGUUGUAAAUCAAGGUCUCACAGGGAGCCUGAAGAUAGCAGCAAGAGGACAAAAACCACCCUAGAAUUCACCCCAAUGCACCAGUCUUUGAAAACACAUACCAAGCAUGGCAGACUCUAAAUACAAAACAGUGUAAGGUGAUACUCAGCUAUAUUUAUUAAUUAAAUGGAAUUUAAUUAGAGAUUGUUACUCUAUUUGUACAUCUUCAAAUUAUGCAGUCUCUAUACAUUGACCUUUACUUCAAAGAAUGAGUUCUUUACUGUAAAAUGACACUAAUAAAUAAAAUAAAAAAAUCUCUGGGUGCUGCUGCUUGUGUGCCUCUGCCUAAGAACUGCUACCAAACAGCAAAGCAAAGUAAAUAGAUUCUCAAUGUUAGUUCUGUCAAUAUUGGCAAAUAUUAGCAAAUAUUAGGCUGUGUCUUUUUCUAAGCAGUUUGUGAUAAAACUUAAAACUCCUUUCAUGGUGUCAGACUUUGCAGGGGUAGAGAGUGAGAUGUUGCAGCAAAGUCGAACCAGAACUGGCUUGAAGGCACAUUUGUCCCUUCCUUGAGUUGUAAUGAAUGCAGAGCCUCUUCAGAUCACUUGCUAUUUCGUUUCUGAUAGCACAUCAGCAUCAGGCUUCAAAACAGGAAGCGUUUUGUAAGUUUGUGUCACAGGCUUUUUUGCCAACAAAAUCCAAGUAAUUCAGAUUAACAUUUUAUGACAAAUUAGAUGUACCAACUACAGGAGAGCUCCAUAUAACCAUGCAUAUAAAAUUACUUUAAGAAAAUAGGCUAGUUUUUUUAAAGUGCGUGUUUAUUGCUGUAUAAGCAUCCCAAAACCCUGCAAAUUUGUCUGCAAAUGUGAACUGUAAAAAAACUCCACUUCUGAAGUUUAAUAUGAGCGAAACAACAAGUGAAAAUGCCUGUCUUCAUGUGCCAAGAAGACAGAGACCGAAACCAUUACUCAGUGUGCACAACACAUUCCCAAAUCCAGAAUAUAAAUAAUUCUUGGUUUAAGACAGUGAGGGCCGUGGCCAAGGUAUGUAGAAAUUAGUCUUUAUUUUAUGAUUUGUUUUGUACUGUGAGGGGAAACAUUUGUGUUGCU